AGCUUCCUCUCAUGUUAACAUCUAACACAAACAGACACAGUGAUCAAAACAAGAAAUCCUUGUCUAUACUAUUAACCAAGCAACAGAGUUUACUGGGAUUUCACCAGUUUUCCACUAAUUCCUUUAUCUGUUUCCAGAUAGGAUCCACCUAUGUCUGCAUCUUACAGAUGACCUAGAGGGUCCAUGUGGCUUCCCCAAGGCCAUCCAGCAUGCUGGGGGCAGGGCACAGGCUAAGCCAAACCUCCCCCACCCUGUACCUUGGGCUACUGCCCUCUUCACCCUCCUACUUUGCAAAGGGAUGGCGUUUGUUGCUCUGUAAAGGCCUCUGGAAGCACAGACGCCCUUGCCCCACCCUGCCUGCCCAUCCCUGGCCCUGUUUCCAAGGUUGUCUACAUUGCCUUCCUGCACAUGUGCUCACACGCAUGUCCAUCCACGUGCUCUGAAAUGGCUGCUUCAGGCUUUGCUCCCAUGGGUGCUGCGAGUGCUAUACUAUGGAUCUCCCAAGUGUGGCCACUCUUGCCCACCAUGCUGCGUAGCCACCCCCACCAGCUGGUGCUCUACCUUCUCUGGGAAUGCAAGAGGCAGAGCAUACUUGAACGGAGAACUUUCUUUGUCUCUGGUUCUGAGGGCUUCUCCCUUAGCCCCCUACCUCCCUCCACCUUUCCUGUGGGUCUGAGGGCCUCUGCUGUCUCAGUCUGGUGUGUUUGGUCUUCCACCCAAUGCCUUGAGAAGGUCUGCUUUCUCCUUUUCCCUCAGCACUCCCGGAAGGGCUGGGUACACUGCCUCAAGGGUCCUCUGCCUCGUGUGUUCCUCACCACAGGGGUCAUUAGGUCCACUUAACAGGGGAGGAGUGCUUUUCCCAGUGAUAAUGGGAGCGUGGAGCCGUGGUUUGCUGCAGUCUGCUCUUCCAGGCAGUCUGGUGUUUAUCUUAGGCUGCCUCUGAGGCUCUCAGAGCCCUGCCAGACAUGACCUCAUUCUCUCUCAAAUCAUCCCUGGGAGGCAGAAAGGAGUCUGGGACCAACCAACGCUAUCCCCACUUCACAGAUGUGAAAAAGGACGUGUAGAUACAUACACACAGCAAAUAUGUUGACAAGUUGCUUUGUGGUCCCUGAGGCCUGAUUCUCAGCCCCAUGAGUCCCAGUGUUUGGGAGGAGAGAGGCCUUGGAUAGGGCUGGUGGCAGCAGUGUUCACCAAGUGCCUCAAAUGCUUGAGGGUCCAGCAGGGAUGCCCCCCCACCUAACCCAGGGCCCUACCCCCAGGGAACUUGCAGUCAAUGCCCUAUGUGAGAGGCGCCUAAGGAGGUCGGGCUGGUAUGGCUGGAAUUCCUGAGACUACAGCUCUGUGGUGGUCCUGUAGGCAUAUUUCAUGACAGUGGGCCUUUGUGUGGCGGCAACAAGUGCUGUGGCCAGGAGGGCUCACCCUGAGGGCUGGGCUGCCUGGUCAUGAUGACCUGUACAACAGUCUACAGAGCUCCUCCCAGGACGGUUCACCUCCCUGACAACCCUGUGGAAGAAGGGCUAUUAUGAGCCUACUCUACAGAUGAGGAAACUAAGACCCACGACUCAUCCAGGGGCACAGGGCCAGCCAGUGAGCUGCGGCUGGACAUCUGGUUCCAAGUCCAGUGCUUUAUCAGCACGUUCCCAAAAGGAAGCUGGCAGGAGGGAAAGGGGAGACCUAACUGGGGAUGAGGAGCUCCGAUUCGGCUGUCUUCAUAGUUUCACUCCAGCUGGCCCUGCCUUCCUGUCCUAAGAGUAGGUUAAAGGAAGCUCUGAGGAGGAAAGGUCAGUCUGGGAGAGAAGUAGGAACUCGCCAAAACAACCCACACCCUGCUCUCAGAGCGCCAGCCCACCAGGCCUUGUGAGCUCGGUGUGCCGGGAACAAAGCCGAAGGAGCAGGACCUGGUCCCUGCCCUCCCAGGGCUCUCAGUCUGCAGUGGAGAGGGCCGGAAAACUGCGUGGGACAUGCAGCGGGCAAGGGGCCAGGACACCGAUGAAGGUUGGGCUGGCUGAUUACAGGCCCUCUUUCUGCCCCAAACCCCCUCCUCCCACCGCCAACCACACCUUGACCACCCCAGCCCGGCUCCCUCCCUCCUCUGAGCACCUGUCACACCUCUUGCCCAAACCAAUCAUUUAGCACUUGGCUUAUAACCCUUGAGGGACUUUUCAUUAUAUGUCUAUGUCCACCUCCCCAGGGUCAGAAUCCCCUCCAAGGCAGGAGCUAAUGCUCCCCCUGCCGUGGAGACACGCGGGACAUUUUUAGUGAAGAAAUAAGGUUAUCUGGGAAGUGAUCAAUUUGGGCAACGCCACGGUAGGCAGGCGUAUGAACGGUGGGUCCCAGCCGCGGCCCCCUCCCCCACCCUCCGGCCUCCGUGACGUCAUCUGGCUUGUUGUGACGUCACCAUCGCCGGCUCCUGUGGCGCUCCGCAGCCCGCAGGCUGGAUGACGUCAUCGUCGGAACCCGCGCCGACAAGUGCUUGCUGGAGGAGUUAGGCUGGCGACUGGAGAUGCGCGGAGGGAGGCGAGGGGUAACUGAUAGAGACGCAGAAGCCCGGCGGCGGCGCCCAGCGCCCAGCGCCCAGAGCCCAGCGCCCAGCGCCCAGGCCCGGCUCCCGCCCGCGUCCCAGCCCCGCUCCAGGCCCGGGUCCUACCCGGCUCCUAGCGGGCUCCCGGGCCGGCCCCGCCCCGCGAUGACCGACGCGAGCCAGCCAAUCCGCGCAGGCCGCGGUGACGCCUAGCCAAUCAGCGGGCAGGGCUCCUCGGGCGCUUCCGCGUUCGCGAGCGCCGGGCCCGGGUCGGCAGGGGGAGGGGGCGAGGGCUCCCGACCGCAGCCUCGCCGGCGUCCCGCCCUGCUCGCUGCGGCCGCUCUCCGUCCGCCGGCCCCGGGGGACCCGAUGGCCUCGGAGGGCCUGGCGAGGGUGCUGGCGGCGGUGCUGGGGGGCCAGGGGGUGAGCGUGCACGGCUAUGAUUCGGAGCCGGCCGGGGAGCCCCCGGCGCCGGUGCGGCUGCGGAAGAACGUCUGCUACGUGGUGCUGGCCGUGUUCCUCAACGAGCAGGAUGAGGUUCUACUGAUCCAGGAGGCCAAGAAAGAGUGCCGUGGAUCAUGGUACCUACCCGCGGGGAGAAUGGAGCCUGGGGAGACCAUCGUGGAGGCCCUGCAGCGGGAGGUGAAGGAGGAGGCCGGGCUGUACUGUGAGCCCCUGACAUUGCUUUCUGUGGAGGAGCGGGGCCCAUCCUGGAUCCGCUUUGUGUUCCUCGCUCAAGCCACAGGUGGAAUUCUCAAGACUUCCAAGGAGGCAGAUGCAGAGUCCCUGCAGGCUGGCUGGUACCCACGAAGCUCCCUGCCCACCCCGCUGCGAGCCCAGGACAUUCUGCACCUGGUAGAGCUAGCUGCCCGGUACCGCCAGCAAGCCAGGCACCCUCUUCUUCUGCCCCAGGAGCUUCCCUGCAGUCUGGUCUGCCAGCGACUCGUGGCCACUUUUACCAAUGUCCAGACAGUGUGGGUGCUGGUGGGCACAGAGGGGAUGCCUCACUUGCCCAUCACUGCCUGUGGCUUCAGUCCCAUGGAGCAAAGGGGUGGCAUCAAGAUGGCCAUCCUGCGGCUGCUACAGGAAUGUCUGACCCUGCACCAUUUGGCAGUGGAGACCAAGGGGUUGCUUGGACUGCAGCACCUGGGCAAGGACCACGCAGAUGGCAUCUGCUUGAAUGUGCUGGUGACCGUGGCUUUUCGGAACCCAGGCAUGCAGAGUGAGCCCCCAAAAGUUCGGGGUGAGAACUUUUUUUGGUGGAAGGUGAUGGAGGAAGACCUACAAAGCCAGCUCUUACAGAGGCUUCAGGAAUCAUCGGUCGUCCCAGUCAACAGAUAGGAAGGUGCCAUCGUGGUGCAAGGAGCCGGGCACCUGUGCCCUACCCCCUACCGUGGCUCUGCCUUCCUGAGGGAGGCAGGAGGUUGGCAGUCAGAAGUCUUGUUGCAUUGGGAGCAGGUGAUUCUCCUAGUUCUCAGGGUAAUUUCCUUUUCUGUGGAACAGGUCCCUACGCUGCACCAAAAGGACAGUGACUUUAACCAAACAAGGAGUUCAGAGCUCAAGGAUCUAAUUACUCUGUGGGCAUGAUGAGGGCACUACUCCCUAAGGGGAGGAGAGAACUUUCUGAACCUGAGAUGGCAUCUACUUAUCAUUUUCCAUGCUCCCCUCAGUAAAGGCCUACAUCCGGGUUCCAGGUUCUUAGGCACUUAGAACACAGACUGGGUGCGGGG